GUGAUGGGCAAGUAUGGCGACAAGCCGAAGGACCUGGACGGGGAGAUGUCGUUACGGCAGCUGCUCAACAACAGGUCACUUUACGGACAGCUACCGCAACACAUGGCGAGCUACUCGUGCGACAAGCGGAGGGCCCUGAAGGGCGAUGUGCAGCCUAAGGACGCAGUGGAGUUGUUGCCACCUGUGGCGGCCGGGCUUCUGAAGCAUAGUGAGCGGCACAUCGAGCGGAGUACGGAGGACACCGAGAGUUUGCGUGACGAGGGCGAGCUGAGCACACCGCACUGGGACCCCACUCUACGUCGGGACGCCCGGGCGUGGGCUCACUUAGUGAGGGCGCUAUAUCGUGCAAGACUCUGCUCGGCGAGGAGAAAUGUCAAGGCCCGAGUAGGGAUAUGUUCCGUUCAAGAGAAGGACGGCAACAUCAUAUUGAUAUGCGACUCGAGGGUUCCCAACGCCCUUCACCGUAGGCCGCCAAAGGCCAAGCUAGGCGGCGUCGACGCCCUCGCCGAGCUGAACCUUACGGGCAUGUACGACGGCGAGACGGACAUCGGGAGCCUGGACCUCGAUGCAGGCACGAUCGACGUGAAGAAUGCCUUCCAGCACUCGGUGAAGGAGGCGGCCAGCUGGUUCGGGCUCGGACACAAGAUCAGGGCCAAGGAGUGGGGCGUGAAGAAGGUGUGGGGCGACGACCUGAAGUACUGUUGCCUGGGUGCUGCCUGCGUGGACAACGUGACGGUGGUCACGGCCAAGCCUCCAGGGUCCUCGGCUUGCCGGGCGGCGCUGCAGGGCGUCGCGGAGUCGAGGUGCCUUUCGCUGCAGCCACCCGAGGUCGGGAAGGUCGCGGAGUCGCCCGGACUCGUCCUGGAUUUGGAGAGUCGGGAGGUCUGGUUCGUCCACGCGAUCAACAUGAUUGGGUUGCGGCGGCCGCUGAUGUCUAUUUUCCAGGAGGCGCAUCGCCGCCUCGACUUUCGACGUGAACGACGGGCUCAGAUCGGCUACGUCCUCUGGCGGGAGACGUGGGCCGUGCAGAGCCAGGUCUUCUUUUCCUACGCGGGUCUGGACACGCCAGUUUCCAAAUGGGUGCACGUUCCCGACAUCUCCACUCAGGGGCGCGGCCUGCUGCGCCAGGUGGUGGCGGCGCCCGUCAUUUGCAAGGAGAUGAGGUGCCGGGAGAGGUGGCGUUCCAUGGAGAUCGAGCCCCAGCCCGAGCGCCAUUUCAUCAGCACGGGCGUCGCGCGGGAUCUCGUUUGGGGCUGGGCAGAAGCCGGCGACUAUCAGGGCGACGAGCAGGUGUUCGCCGACCCGGGUGCGGUGCCAGACCGUCGGGCGGCCUGCUGGCGCGGGCGCAGCCUGCGCCCGCGGAGCUCGAGAGGCGGCAAGCGCAGGCAAGGCGCCGCGCAAUCGCAGGGCGCGCCGGCGCAACGGCGUGGAGGCGGAGGCGCCUGCUGCGACCCCGCCGGUCUCCAAGUGCUGGGCGGAUCGAUCGGCAUGGACUCUGGUUGCGCGCGGGCUGCGCGCCUGGCCGAAGGAGCGCGCCAUCGCGAAGGGGGCGCGCGUCGCUUUGGGCGGCGCGCGCCGGCGCGCUCGAAGCCGACGCCUGCGAUGACGUCGAGACCUCACCUCGUUGACGAUAUGGCGACGCGCUGCUUCUUCGACAAGGGCCGGGGGCGAUCCUGGGCCAACGCAGUGCGCCGUCGGCUGCGCGCUUGCCAGCUGGCGGCCGAUUUUCGCCCGAGGUGGAGUCGCGUCGACAGCGAGUGCUGCGCCGCCGGCGGGGGCCCCCGCAGGCAGCCGGCGCUUGUGGCGGCGCCGCCCGAGAUGGCCGAGGGCCCCGUCUCAGCUCCUCUCUUGCCGAGAGGGCGGUUGGAGCUGGAGACGGCCGUCGAGAGCGCUCGCCG